AUGUCCCGCCAAAUGUUUCCGACUGUCGAGUACCAGACUCUUCGAGAUUUCACAGGACUCCCGAUAAUCCGUGAGGCCUGCGCCCGUGGCCAUGAGGGAGUCCGUGUGACACACCUGCCAGCCCUACCCAUUGGCCCAGAACUGCGGAAGACUCAAUCAGAUUGCCCAGCGUUCAUCAAGGAUGAGCUCUCGCAGCCUUUGGCGCCAAUUGCUACGAGCGCCAGGAGCUUGAUGCUAACUCUGCACGAGAUCUCGCAUGUCAUUUUUAAUAACAUUAGUCAUGCCCUCGAGUUGCCUUGGGAGAAAUACCUUUCAGAGAUGCAUGAAUUCGAUUCCCAAGGAAAUGAUGAGCUCCGCAUCGUUCAUCAUGGGCAGGAUGUGCUGCUGAAAUGGUCCACAUUGACUAUUGUCAUAUCUCUCAGCGAUCCUCAGGAAGCGACGAUCAGUUUUGGAAAGGCGCUGUUUGUAUUCAGUGAAGGCCUUACGGCGCAGCCCAGUUCGUCAAUCUUGGAAGCUCGUUCGCUGCCGGCUGAUUCCGAAAACAGUUGGAUUGUCUACUAUGUGAGGCCAAAUAAGGAUGUUUUCUACACACAGACAGCAGGAGCCCUAAUGACACCACUCUCCGUCCAAGACUACGAGACAAGGAAGCGUGUGAGCCAGCUUUAG